AUGCAGAGAAUGUUUCACACCUUCCAGGAAGAAAAGAGAAAGUUUUCGCCUGAUGAUAGAAAUUAUUGGUUGUUUGUCAUCACACUUCGCAGUAAACGAGAUCAGCGAAGCAAACUUACCUUGUUAAGAGAUAAUUACAUCGAGCCCCGAACUCAAGAGCAAAGAAGAGUGCUCGAAGGUCAAUGGACAGCAAUUAUGAAUGCAAUUAGGUGCAAGGCACUUCAGUAG